AUGGCUUCAAUUUCUUAUGAGUGUCAUGACAUUGUUUACCGUGUUUUCCAACCCCAUUCCAGAUUCCAACAAACCCAUCACACACCUCCCCGUCCCAUGCAAAUCGAGUUGAUCCUCAACGUAACUUCCCUUUUAAUCCCUCGUCGUCGCAUUCUUGGCCACCUGAUCAACUUCGAGCGUUUAUCCCUCGAAACACUUCGUUUCGAUCUCGGCCUUUUGCAAAGCCACGACCAGCUUCGUCUUGUUCUUGCUCCCAAUUUUAUAAGAUACGGAAUCGACGUAGUCUCUACAGCUUACGAUAUGAUCAUUCAUGAAAUUGUCGAAUGUGGGCUUAGAAUUGCGGAUUCGACGACGGGAAAUAAUUGCGAAGUCUUAACUUUGUGUUUAGAGAUGCGGGUCGUCUUUGUGGAAAACGAAAACGAAGAGGAGGAGGUUUUGAUUGGAAGAGCUACGGCGGAAUCGGAAUUGGAGUUCGAGAGGAGUAACUACGGCAUGGUUGCUGCUAAAGAGUCUUCUGUUGAGAAGAUGCUAAAGAAAGUAAGAGUAAAAAGUCGAGGUGAAGAUUGCUUGAUUUGUAUGGAGGAGCUCGAGAUUGGGAUCGACGCUUCUCAGAUGCCUUGUUCGCAUGCUUUUCAUUGUAAUUGUAUCGAAAAGUGGUUGAAGGUUAGCCAUUAUUGUCCUGUUUGCCGCUUUGCCAUGCCGACCGAUUAG